CUGUGAUGUCACAAGUUCAGCUUAUACACGGUCUAUGAUUCUUGAUAAUCACAGAAAAAGUAAAUGAUAAGAAAAGAUUGAAAGAAUUUUAAAACUGAAUUUCGAAGAACAUAAAAGUAACAAUGAAAAAAUUAAAUGAACCGAAAAGAGGUGAAUUUAAUGUCGAUCUGUGGAAAGAAAAAACGACAAAAGACAUUGAUACCAAUUGGUUAUCUUUGGACACAGUCAGACAUACAUUGACACAUUUUGGAGUAAAGAAGAAAAGGAUACCUACUUCUUUGCGCAAAAGGCCAUCCAAUAUACCAGCAGUUGAACCACCACAUCCAGGAAUUUCUUACAAUCCUUCGUUUGAAGAUCAUCAACAUUUAUUAUGUGAAGUGGUUCAAAAGGAAAUGGAAUUUAUAAAAGAAGAAGAACAUCUUAAUAGAGUUACUACAAAGAUGUUCAAAAAGGUUUCACCUGAAGAAAAAGAGAAUAAUUUGAUCAAAGAAAUGUCAGAAGGUCUGAAACCAGAAAAUGAUCAAGAGCCUGAUGAAGAUGAAGAUGAUGAUCCAACAGUAAAAUCUGUAAAUUCCCCUGUUAAAAAUCAAAAGAAAACGCGUGUACAGAGACGCAAACAAAAAGAACAAAAGAAUUUGGCAUAUAAAAGGCAACAAGAAAAAAUAGAAAAGAAGAAAAUUUCAGAUAUAUAUAAAUUAAAAUUAUUAGACAGACAGUUGGCUACUAAAGAAAAGAAACAUAAAAUAUUAAGACAAAAGAGAUUAAAGAAGAAAACACUUAAAGCACUGGGUACCAAAACACUUAGUAAAGUUAAAUUUGAGCCUUUAGAACCUGAUUUUAAAUUAUCUACUGAAUUAACUGGAAAUCUACGAAAUACUGAACCAACUAAUAAUCUGUUGAAAGACAGAUUUAAGUCUCUUCAAAAAAGAAAUAUUGUUGCUCCUGCUAAUAUUAGAUUGAAACAAGAUAAAGCUAGAGUGAAACGUUUUAUAAAACCAGAUCACAAGAUUGAUAUGACCAAAAUUGAUAUGAAAUAAUUUAACAUAUCCUUACGACUGGGAGGAUGCUACAAGUUAUUCAGUGUUAUAGUGUUUUGCGUGAUUGAAACUAAUAUUAAAGUUUUUAAUAUUAUUUAUAUAAUUAAAAGCUAAAAUUAAUGCGUAAAGAUAUUUUAGCACAUAGAAGUAUUCAUAUCUUCCAAUUGUCCAUUUUUGCAAUAUAAGUUUUCUUU